AUGGUGGGGUUGGAGUCGUCCGGAACAAAACUCAGCCCAAUCAGAGAAGACAACCAAAGCGCCCCUGCUUGUUUAGGAAAGUACCUCUCCUCUAUCCUAGCGGGUUGUGGAAGCACCACAGCUGUCGAGGGUAAGCAAAGGCCUCAGGUCUUUCUGCCCUUGACCCCCCUGCCUAAAGGGGGUAUGGAAACAAGGAAAGAAAAAUACGGUGGAUUAUUAGUCUAUCACUCUUGUGGUUCUCCAGUCAACAAUUCUUGCUCUUGCUCCCUCCGCGGUGUCCCGCCAAUGAUGGUCCCUACCGGCAUCUUCAACUCUUCAACCUCCGUCAAUUCCAUUCAGAUUGUCUGUGGCUAA